CGACGUCCCGUCAACAAGGGGCGUGGCCAUGGACCUUCCGACGAUGGAGUGAAAAGAACAAAAGAAUUCAUUCAGGGGCGCUGGCGCUUUUAUAGAAAGAAAAAACAAUAUUUUUUUAAAAAAGAAGAGGUUUAUUAUUUAAAGAGGAAAAUAUUUAAUGAUAAUCUUGUCCUGUUAAUGUUACAAAAUGCCGAGUAGUACAGUGUUUACAGACAUGGAGCGGGACGAUGGCGACUCCAGGCCGCUUCACAUCGCCAUGGAGCAGCUCACCGUGUUCGGCCUCGAAGACGCUCAGCUUCGCCGGGGCCUGGAGGCCGAGUGUCCACCUUCACCGCCGCUGCCGCCUUCAACAGCCGCCGCCACCGCCGCAGUAGCAGGUGGAGGAGGUCCGGUGGCCGGGCCGCUCCUCCUACAGGGCAGCCCGCAAGGAGCGGCUCCUUGCCCGUGCCCGUGCCCGUGCCCCGCCGGCCCAGCGGGCCUUCCCCUCGUCUCCUCUGUCCUGGCUCUGUUCGAGGCCGAGCAGAUCCAGCAGCAGCAGCAGCAGCAACCCAGAAAGAAGAGCGUCAACAUGACCGAGUGUGUGCCGGUGCCCAGUUCCGAGCACGUCGCCGAGAUCGUGGGCAGGCAGGGUUGCAAAAUCAAGGCAUUGAGAGCAAAAACCAACACGUACAUCAAAACUCCAGUUAGAGGAGAAGAGCCCAUUUUUGUUGUCACUGGAAGAAAGGAAGAUGUGGCAAUGGCAAAAAGGGAGAUCAUUUCAGCUGCGGAACAUUUCUCAAUGAUACGAGCAUCUCGAAACAAAAAUGGAGCAGUACCUGGGGCUCCGUCUGGAAUACCUGGCCUUGCGGUACCUGGCACCCCAAACCUGCCCGGGCAAACCACCAUUCAGGUACGUGUGCCCUACCGUGUGGUGGGUUUGGUGGUAGGUCCCAAGGGAGCCACAAUCAAACGUAUUCAGCAGCAAACCCAUACAUACAUUGUCACUCCCAGUCGUGACAAGGAGCCAGUGUUUGAAGUGACUGGCAUGCCUGAAAAUGUUGAUCGAGCCAGGGAAGAGAUAGAAGCACACAUUGCUGUUCGUACUGGCAAUUACAUUGAAAUCAAUGAAGAAAAUGACUUUCACUCAAAUGGCACAGAUGUGAGUUUUGAUAACAACGGCUUUGAGUCCACGUGGGGGAAGAUGAACUCCGUUCCAUCUACCCGCAAUAAACUUCUCUCCAGCUAUAGAAAUGACAGCUCAAGCUCUCUUGGUAGUGGAUCAACCGAUUCCUAUUUUGGAAAUAACCAGGUCGCUGACUUCAGCCCAACAAGUCCAUUCAGUGCGGGUGGUUUCUGGUUUGGAGAGUCUGUUACAACCAUGAGUUCUGAUGAUUUAGGGUUUGAAUCUCCUGCUUUUGACCAGCUUCCAAACACGCCUCAGUCUGUGAUCUGGUGUCCAUUUGAACAGGGAAAUCCUAUCGGCAUCAGUAAUGAAUCGGCUACUGGUGCAAUAACCGAUGAUAGCCAACCAACUACCCCUCGCCUAUCACCGACCUUCAUGGAGAACAUCGAGAUCCAUCUUGCCAGAAGGCCUUGCAGCGAUCCCUUGAACAUGGCCAGUCAAGUUGGGCUUCCAGUAUACAUCUCUGCCUUCUCCAAUGGUACAAACUACUCCUCCUCUGACAGCAGCACCACAUCCGGUUCGCCCACCGACUCAUCUGGCUCUGGAAUGACCCGGGGGAAGCGUGAUUGUGUGGUCUGCUAUGAAAGUGAAGUGAUUGCCGCGCUGGUGCCAUGUGGGCAUAACCAUUUCUGCAUGGAGUGCGCCAAUAGAAUCUGCGAUAAGGAGGAGCCAGUGUGUCCAGUGUGUAACACACUUGUUACUCAGGCUAUUCGCAUCUACUCAAUGGACCAGUUGGCAGGGUGAUGAAUGGGCAAGGAAGAGAGAGAGAGAGGAAAUGUUGGUACUUGUCUGAAAACUUCCUAAUGCUUAAACAUGACUGUUAUGUAGUUGGAUUUGUAGGAUUAGACUAUGGGUUUUCUGUAAAUUUAAGUUGGGUAAAUUUUCAUGGGCAAACUCGUUUUGUGAAUCACAACACAAGAUGGGCCAGCUUGAGUAUAAACGCGCUUUGAAAAUGUUCUAAACAAUGUGAAAAUGGUCCUUGAGGUGUUUAGUGUAGUAUUUUAAUUUCUGCCACUUCCCUUGUACUUGGGUGUAUUCUGGUUAUACAACCGCAGGUUUAGUUAAAGUUCUCUGCCAAGUUAGCUGAUCUCUACCAUUGCUAAAAUUGAUUUCAGUGCUAUUUUAUGACUUUAGUUAUUCCUACUGAAAAUGUCUAGGUGGGAAAACUUUGUUUAUUGUUUUGAAACCCUCUGCCAGUUAUCUAUCAACUUUCUCCUUCUCCCAAUUGGUAGUUUAAACUUGGAUAUGAUAUUAGAGGGCUAUGAACAUGUGGAAAUCUAUUGCGGCAAGGGAUUUGUAGAAAGGAGUAGAAUAGGUUUUUUUAAAGAAGUGUGGGGGGGGGGGGGGGGGUGUCCUAAGGUAGAGAUAAUAAGAUGGAUGUGAAACUGCAGUCAAAUUAGUUGGAUCCAGAGGAAAAUUAAAGAUUUAUUGGUCAGUGGAGGUGGUAGACCUGACAAUUGAUUCAUUGUAGCCAGUAGUUUAUCUAUUUUGCGUCAAACACUCAAAUAUAAUUUAAUUAACAUUUAAAAAAUGUUGAAUACUGUUUGCCAGAAAAUGUAAUUAGUCAGUUUAUAUUUGAGGACUACUUUGAGCCAUUGGUGUAUGUGUCCUGCACAUACUGUGGUCUUUAAUAAAGGACAGACCACAUCAGCGAUGCACAAAUACGUUUGCUGUUAGUUUGAAUUAAAUACUAAAAUAUUUGGGCUGACUGGGGGCAGUAGCAGUUUAUUUCCCAAAAGGGGUGAGAUUUGGGUGUGGUGACUGUAUGUGAAGAGCUCUGGUCUUUGGUUUUGAUCAUUUUGCCAGUUGGCAAGUAUUGUUCAAUGGUCUCUAUUUUUUCCUCCCCAGAGUGAGAUAUCUGGAGUUGUUUAGUUCAUUCUUUGUGGGGAAGUACUUGGCUAACGAACAGUUGAGUGAUGGAUUAUGACUAGUCCUGCUACUCCCGAAAGAGCUGCAAAUCCUCACUAUUGAAAAUGUUAAAACCUGCAAAUCCUCACUGUUGAAAAUGUUAAAACCUGCAGUAAUCUUGUAAUCAUCAAUCCAGCAGUGACCAAACUUCAGAUCCAACCAUGAAUCUGCAGACGACUCCAAUAAUAUCAUACAUCCUCUGAGCACCAUGGUUUAUUUUCUCUAAUUUUUUUUUGCAUAUCUAAACUAGCCAACAUUGAGCAAUAACCACUUUCCUUCCCUGAUGUUUCAUAAGCUGUUCAAAACUAUUUUCAUUAUUUAAGGAAUGUAAGCAUCACUAGUAAGGCUCUUAAUGCCCUUCGAAAUUGGCAUUGAGUAAUCUUGAACUGCAACCCUUCAGCAAAAAGAUAUUACAACAAUCCUGUUUGAGUGUUCUGGCAUUUGAGCUCUUAAGAAGGAAUGACAAUUUAUUUCCAAAUUGUAUUGGAAACUUCUUUUGAGGGGAAGCUCUCGGUGACUCUCAUCGUUGAACCAGGACCGGUAACAAACAAAGGAAGAGGAUCCAAACGAUUGUGCAAUUAUCCAAUAUACCACAUUUGACCCACAUGCCCAUCUUGCAACACUUCAGAAUUUUCUUGUUUUAAGGAACCAACUACUUUGGUGGGAUAUGUGAUUUAUUGUUUGCAGAUUUUAUUCAUGCUCCCUAAUUUUAGAGGCCACACCAUUUACUACCAAAAUUGAGCCAUGUUACCCAAGAGCUUAAGUUGACACAACUGUUCAGGAAAUCUGGAGGUCUGAGCUUCCUAUAUUUUGUCUUAGAUAGCUUAGAAUACAAUGAUUAAAACACAGCCUGUUGCAAAGUAGCUCAACCAAGGGGGGGAUGGGCUGGUUAAUUGGACCAAUUUGUGUUCAUUACAAUUUGGCCAAGCUGUUUUUAUCAUAUAACAGUACAUGAUUUUCUUUGUGUGAACCCUUUAUAAUGACUGGGAAACUUUAUUUUCACAUUUUUCAUGUUGAUAAGUUAAUUGCUGAUUCUGGAGUUAGAUAACUGCUGAAAUUGUUUUGGUUUGGAUAUACAUGUACCUGCCUAUUAUGAUUACAAAGAUGCCGGUUUUUGAGUGAGUGAAAGGUAUUAACAGGACCAAAGUGUCACCCAUGAAUUGAGCCACACAUCUUCACAUAUUUUAAUGAUUUGGGGGGAAUUGCAUGAUUUCAAUUGCAGCUCUUUUUUGUAGACUGAUAAAAUCCGAGACAAACCAGUGAUUUUUCCAAUUUUAUUUUUUCUGUAAAUAUAUGUAAACUAUCAAUUUGUUGGAAAAUCACUGUCCCAUAUAUUUUUUGGAGACAAUAGCACAGUGAUCUACAUAAUUGGUUUGCAACCAGCCUGAUUUUUUUUUUCUCUGACAGCCUCUUUAUGUACGGGCACCUCUCUGGUGUCACGAUUGCUGAAAUUUCCCACUUGUGAAUUUCAUUGAGACAAAACAUUUACUAAACAUUUAUUUAGCAUCCAACUGAUAAAUCCCAAGAUUGACUGAUACAUUUUGCAUGUGGAGUUAUGGUCAAUGUCCAUUUUAACUGGGAAUACAUGGAAGAAUUAGUUUGUUGCCCAACUUGUAAUAAACAAAAUGAGGCUCAUUGCUUUUCUAAAUAUCUCUGGAAAAUUCCAUGGUAUCAUCAAAUAUUCAUAACUGUUCAAGUAGUAUCACCAUGAAAAUCAAUACUUUUUUCAAAUCUUAUCUAUUUAAGGGAAGCUGUAUAAAGAGAUAGACGAUUGUGAGUUUUAAAACUCUAGAACUUCUGUCAAAUGGUUUAUACCAGAAGUCCCAAUAAUUUGUUUCCACUGAACUCUGAGCUGCUUGCAGCAGCAAUUCGGCAUUGUGGUAAUUUUGCAGCAUUCCAGGCUUUCCCUCUUUAUUUAUUUUUUUUCCUUCUGUUACAAUAUGGCCCUAAGAUUCUAUAACUAGCGUAAUUUAUAUUUACUAUUUGAGGGCGAUAUAAUGACUUUUAAAACAGUAGUGUGUACCUAAAGUGAACUGCAUGCUUGCUUUCCCACUUUGGCCUUGUAUAGACAAAGCAAAUAUCUUUCAAAACUCCUUGUGAUGAUAAAUAUAGUUUGCCAAUGGGUGCACAUUUUUUGUGACAAGGUUUCUAGUAAAUUCCUCUUCCCUCCCAACAAAAUAGAAAUUUGAGGUUUGUUAUGAUCCAUACAUCUGGCAGUAUUCUUGAUUUAAGAAUCUGCUGCGGAUUAUUAAUAACACAUUUGUCCCAUGGAAUAGUUAGCUGGAGGUAUGAGUCUGUUAACUCCAUCUAACAAAAGCAAGAUUGUAUUCUCAACCAACAACAUUCAGAUUUUUUGUUAUAAGUUGACAAGUGACAAGCUUAGUUUCUAGUGCUAAACUAAUUGAAGAUUACUUGGAAAUAUUAAGCUGUUAUGAAUUUUGUGGCCUGGUGCUUAAGUCCUAAUCAGAAGUUUGCAAGUUGCCCCAGAAUUGUUCAUUCACUAUAUGUUAGAGGAGCUUCCAUGUGGGAACUAGGCAAGUAGUUUAAAUGCAAAAUGGAAGUGAUGUGUACCUCUACUGUGUGUGGUUAGUAGGGUAACUUUUCCUACCAAUCACUGGAGCCGAAUGCACAGUAACAAAGGGAAAAUUAGGGCAGGGAUAACAAAUCACUCAAAUUAAUCUGACUUUAAAUCAAUUGAUCCUUGUAUGCUUAAUAAUGUAGAAGAAGAAAAACCUGAAGUUUAAUAGCUUACUCACCAAUUUUGUGAUGGCACAUGGAGCAGACGGUCCAGAUCAGUUUUGUGUUGAUCUUGAUGCCAGAUUCACAUCCCAUGUUCAGUGAAAUUUGACAAAUUACAACGUGUAAUCAAGUACUCUCUGCAAUUGAACGCUUGUCUAAUGCUCUUUGUGACAGCUCUCCCACAGUUGAUAGCUAUUUGGGUAAGUGGACAUAUGCAUCUGGACCCUGGCAAACGGGCAACCUCCUCUUACGAGAAAUGGUUAGAAAGUGGUGAUGCAGAAAAUAUUUUAAAAGGAAAAUGAGUCCAGUAGAUUUAUUUGUCCUACUGCCAUACAAGAACAUUAUUUUGUCAAAAUACAACUGCAGUUUCGUUCUCCACUCAAGGGCAAGUUUAACUUCAGUACUUGUAAAUAUAUAUCCAUCUAGUAGAUAUACAAUUUUAUUUUUAUUUCCACUUGAAGUUACAUUUCGUAUUCAAAGUUUACAAAAAUAAAGGUUUUUAUUUCAAGAUUUUUCAGUAUGAAAAUUGCCUUGAUGGCAUUUAUGAUGUAAUGCAUAACUUCACUGCUAAUUUUUUGCUUGUAGACUAGUUGAUGUCAGUAUUAAAAUUAACACUAGUUGCCAUCUUGGAAUAGGUAUUGAACAAAUGUUCGCUAAGCAUGUAUUUUGUAUUGGUAAACUUUAAGCUGCAUUAUACACUACAAUUGGAAAAAGCCAAGGAAAUAACAUUUCUGUAUUAUUUCUAGUUCAGGAAAAAAUACAAUUCAAGAAUGGCAAAAACAUACCAAUAGAGUUUAGUAUUUGCUAAUUUUACUACACUGUUUGUUAUGUAUAUGUAGGGAAGUGAUAGGGAUACAAAUUCAAUUUAUUGAGUAAAGUUUAAAACCAUAUAUUUUAUGAUAAAGGGCCUUUAACUUAAUGUGGCCAAAGCACUGAUAUAUAUUUGCUGUAAAGAGAAUUAUAAGAGUUUUAUUUUUCUGAUAUUAAAAGUUACUUAAUAAAGAUGGUUUCCAUUAAAA